GAAAUCAUUAGAAACGUAUGACAGGCGACACCUACAGUUUACAUUGGUAAAUAUUAUUAAUAUAGGUUAUGAAAACAUUUAAAGUUUGAACCAAAUUAAAAAUCAAAUGAAAAUUGUAAAAGAUACAUUGAAAUUGCUAAUCAUUACAUUCAUAAUCUUUAUUGGGAGAGCUAAUGGUGAUGUUGAGUCGAUUGCAAAGAAGUUCGAAUUUGAUUCUGACGAAUACGACAGUUCAAAUGUGAAAGAUGAUAUGGCAAACUACUACAUAUCAAGUGACUUCUUCAAGAACAAUAUGAACACAAAAUAUUUAAAGGAUACAAUAAACUCACUUAUAAAAGCUCAAGAAGAUAAACAGAUAAAAAGUAAUGAAGCGGCAGACGCAAUGGGCACAGGCACACACAAUCCUGUCGAAAUGCUGAAAUCGUUAUUGGAGGGAUUCAUGGUGGUUGCUAAUAAUCCAACGGAAAACAAAUCUUCAACAACUAUGAAUUUGCCAAACCCAUUCACAGUAAGUAUGGAACCUUUGUUUGUGCCAACUUCUCUAACUAAUAAGCAGACACAUCAACCAACAGCCAUAGCUGAGCAAUCAUCUAUCAAAAUUGGAAAAAAUAAAAGUUUAGAAGAAGUUUCUAAUAAACAAUCAAGUUUGGACAUUUACAAGCCAGUAUUUGUUGCGUUAGCUGAGCAUUGCGAUCAAAUGAAGAUGACAAUUGAGGAGUUGAAAAUCAAACAACAAAAUAUCAAAAAAGAAAAUCAAGACUUGAACAAGAAACUAGAUACAUUGCAAACCAACUUCAUGGAAAAGCUAAGAUCUCAAAACGAAAUUACCGGCAGAAAAUUGGAUUCUAUCAGGAAUCAACAAAACGACGAGAAAAAUUACAUUUUGAAAGUUGCAGCGACUUUAAUAAAUAUUGAAGAUAGAUUGCUCAAGGAAAAUGAAUUAUCGUUGAAAGAGAUCGAACUUGAAAAUAUUCUGACAAAAACAGAAUUACUUCAGCACAGGAUCAAUGGAUCAACUGGACAUUCAAAAGUAAGAACUGAAUCCACAGAACGGUCACAUGUGAAAGAAUAUGAAAACAUACUACAGAAUUUGAUUCUAGAACAAGAUCUAACAACAGUCUCACAAAGCAAGCCUACUAUACACAUUUUACCAAUGUUCACUAAACCAACUAAUACUGUCACGCAUAAGCCGACCGAAGUAUUCAAAUCAGACAUAGCUAAAAUGAUAUCUCAAAUUGUACAUGUACAUAAAAAUAGCUCUCAGGAAAAAGCAACUGAAGAAGGUAUAGACAAAACCACAGAUCAGUAUGAACAAUUUUGAAAUAAAACCGAGCUACUUUGAAAUUGA